GUAGCUGAGGCAGAAGCAGAUGUCAGCAUGGGCGGGAGUGCUGAGGGGAACCCUGAUUUUCCCAUGGCAUCACUGUAUGUAGGUGACUUGCAUCCUGAGGUGACCGAGACAAUGUUGUAUGAGAAGUUCAGCCCUGCCGGGCCCAUCCUCUCUAUCCGCAUUUGCAGGGACAAGAUCACCCGGCGCUCCUUGGGCUAUGCAUAUGUCAACUACCAGCAACCUGUGGACGCCAAGCGGGCUUUGGAAACCCUGAACUUUGAUCUCAUCAAAGGCAGACCAGUGCGUAUCAUGUGGUCCCAGCGAGACCCCUCGCUCCGCAAGAGCGGAGUAGGCAACGUCUUCAUCAAGAAUCUAGGCAAGACCAUCGACAACAAAGCUCUGUACAACAUCUUCUCAGCAUUUGGCAACAUCCUCUCCUGCAAAGUGGCUUGCGAUGGAAAGGGGCCCAAAGGCUAUGGAUUCGUGCACUUUCAGGAGCAGGAGUCUGCUGAACGGGCCAUCGAUGCAAUGAACGGCAUGUUCCUGAACUACCGCAAAAUUUUUGUGGGGCGAUUCAAGUCGCAUAAAGAAAGAGAGGCAGAAAGGAGAGCCUGCGCUAGACAGUCCACCAGUGCUGAGAUCAAGGAUUUCGAGGAAGACACCGAUGAGGAGGCCGCCUUGCGAUGA